AAUAUAUUGGGUUUGUGCACCUCGGGGGUCUCAAUUCUUCCCUCCCGCCAAAUGCAGAAGAAAUCACCAUUAUACAUUUUACGUACAUAUUUCUCCCUGUUCUGCAACAAGGAAAGUGAAUGUCGUUAUUCUAUUAUAUCAAUACAUAGGAGGACAAAAGGGUUAAUCCACAUCUAGCACGAAAUCAAAGUGCAGAACAAUAUAAAUGCAUCGGAGGGUUUAAUCAUCUGUCAUCCAUGAAGAAGCAACAGGUUAUCUCCAGAUUUUUUGCUCCAAAAUCAGGUAUUCCUAGUACAAAAACACCUCUGAAGGUACCUCCUCCGUCCUCUUCCUCUCCAUGUAUUGCAGCUGCAAUUUCAUGGACACCAACAAAUCCUAAAAAGAGAACGCAUGAGGAAUUUAAUGGAGAAAAUUCCAAUAAGGGAGAGGAAGACCCGCACCAACCUUUUAAAAGGAAGGAAACCUGCAACGGAGGAGGAAUCCAAACAACCAACUCAAAUUUUGAAGACCAUGAAGAAACUAGCGAAGAAUUGUCAAAAAUAGAUAAAUAUGAGAUAUCACUGGAAAAUCGUGGCUCCGAGCCUAACAAUACAAUCGGGUUUCCUGCAGUGGGAAAUAGUAGUUUUGAACCUAAGAAAACAAUUGGGAUCCCUGCAUUUGAUGCAUCCUUGCAUAAAAAAUUUGUAGAAAAACUGCUAAUUAGAGUUGAAGAGAAUGGCAGCUUGGAAGAGUCGACCUAUGGGAGGCCUCCAACUGGCAAGGAAAAAUACACCCCAUUAGAGGAGCAGGUGAUAGAACUCAAAGCUAAGUACAAGGAUGUUUUAUUGAUGAUAGAGGUGGGUUACAAGUACAGGUUUUUUGGGGAUGAUGCAGAGGUUGCUGCAAGAGUUUUAGGGAUAUUUGCUCAUUAUGACCAUAGUUUUUUGACUGCAAGCAUACCCACAUUCAGGUUGCAUUUUCAUGUCAGGAGGCUUGUUGAGGCAGGUUACAAGGUGGGUGUUGUGAGGCAGACAGAGACUGCGGCCUUAAAAGCCCAUGGCGCAAAUAAGGGGGGGCCUUUCACAAGGAGUCUUUCGGCCUUGUAUACAAGGGCGACAUUUGAGGCAGCCGAGGCAUUGGUUGAGGGUGUGGUAGAGGAUAAUUGCAGGCUUAAUAGUUAUCUUAUGUGUGUUGUGGAGCAACCUUUGAUGAGUAGAAGUCCGAAGAAGACGAAAAACAGGGUUUCUCAUGAAGAAGAUUCUGCAACAAUUGGUGGGUGUUAUGAUACGAUGAUUGGAGCCGUUGCAGUUGAAACUUCUACUGGAGAUGUUAUGUAUGGACAGUUCAAGGAUACUGGCACAAGGGCAGAACUCGAAUCUCGUCUACUGAAUGUGUCUCCUGCAGAGCUGCUUCUAGGUGCACCCUUGUUGCUACCUACUGAAAAACUACUCCUGGAAUUUGCUGGACCAGCAUCAAAUGUUCGUGUUGAGUGGUCUUCACGUGACUUAUUCAAGGAUGGGGGAGCACUUGCUGAAGUGAUGUCCUUAUACGAAAACAGAAGUGAUGAGAUAUCAGCACAAAAUAAUGAUGGUCGGAAUGAGGGGAUAGAGGUUAUAAUGGCAAUGCCUGAUUUAGUUGUUCAAGCACUGGCCCUAUCAUUGCGCUAUCUUAAGCAGUUCAAACUGGAAAGAAUUUUGGGUUUGAGUGCUUCAUUUCGCCCAUUUGCCAGCAAAAAUGAGAUGUCCUUUUCAUCCAACACGCUGCAACAACUAGAGGUAUUGAGAAAUAAUGCUGAUGGCUCAGAAAAUGGAUCACUGCUGUCGCUGGUGAACCAUACACACACUGCCUUUGGUUUGAGAUUACUUAAACACUGGGUAACUCAUCCUCUAUGUGACCGAAACACGAUUGAAGCUCGUCUUGAUGCAGUUUCUGAAAUUGCAGAAUCAAUGGGUAGUUCUGGAGGGCUGCAACUUGAAGGUACAAUUUUAGGUGGUGGUAAAGGAGGUGGAUCCCAGGGUUUACUAGCUUCUGUUUUAACCUCCUUAGGGAAGAUGCCUGAUGUUGAGCGUGGAAUAACUAGAAUUUUUCACCGAUCAGCCACUGCAGCUGAGUUCAUUACUGUCAUUAAUUCACUCCUCACUGCCGCCAAACAACUUCAGCAGUUGGUUUGUGUUGAUGAGGAUGAAGUAAUAGCAGAGGAUCCUUCCCAACGGCAUCAUAAACAUAUAGGAUCACAGUUAUUGAGGCGAUUAAUUUCAGCAGCAUCGUGCUCUGUUGUUAUUGAAAAUUCUACAAGAUUUUUAUCUUCCCUAAACAAAUGUGCUGCAAUGCAAGGGGAUAAGCACAAUCUCUUCAUCUGUGCAGGCAACAAAUUUCCUGAGGUUGCAAAGUGUCGUGCAGCAGUUCGGGCAGCUGAGAAGCUAUUAGAUUCGUUUCUUCCUGCCUUUCAGAAGCAGCUAAAACUUCCAAACUUAGAGUAUUUGAGCGUGUCUGGAAUUACACACUUGAUAGAGCUUCCAUCUGCUACAAGAGUGCCUUCCAAUUGGAUCAAAGUUAGCAGCACUAAAAAAUCAAAUCGAUAUCAUCCUCCUGAAGUUCUGGAAGCUCUAGACAAGCUGGCUGUUGCUAAAGAGGAAUUGACUGUAGCAUGUUCAAAGGCCUGGGAUGAUUUUCUUGCAGAAUUUGCUGUCCAGUUCAUGAAUUUUCGUGCUGCUGUGCAAGCUCUGGCUGCUUUAGACUGUCUUCAUUCUCUUGCUAUUGUAUCACGGAAUGAGGGGUAUGUUCGACCAGUCUUUGUUGAAGAUAGUGAAGUACCUCAAUUAUCUAUUCAUGCUGGUCGGCAUCCUGUAUUAGAGUCAACUCUGCAGGAGAGUUUUGUACCAAAUGAUACCUUUUUACAUGGCAGCAGCGAGCGUUGCCAAAUCAUAACUGGACCAAACAUGGGUGGAAAAAGUUGCUAUAUACGUCAAGUGGCUUUGAUUGUUAUCAUGGCUCAGCUUGGUUCUUUUGUACCUGCAAUGUCUGCAAAGCUGCAUGUUUUUGAUUCAGUCUUUACCAGAAUGGGAGCAUCUGAUAGCAUUCAACAUGGCACAAGCACAUUUUUUGACGAGUUAAGUGAAGCAUCAUCAAUUCUUCAAAAAUCUACUCCUUGCUCACUUGUAAUAAUUGAUGAGCUGGGGCGAGGAACCAGCACCCAUGAUGGUGUUGCUCUUGCAUAUGCAACACUACAUUUUAUUCUCAAAGAAAGAAAAUGUUUAACUCUGUUUGUCACUCAUUAUCCAAAGAUUGCAGAGCUUAAGAAUGAAUUCCCUGGUGAAGUGAAUCCUUACCAUGUUUCGUACCUGACAAGUGAUUGUUUAGCAGAUCAAAUUCUGGGUGAUGAACCUGAAGAUGUUUCAACAUUUCAAAAUGGUGCGUUGGUAGAAUAUGAUGUAGGUUUUAACCUGGUGACAAAAAUUUCACAAAAUAUUACGUUCCUUUACAAACUUGUCCCAGGGGUUGCCAGUAGGAGUUUUGGUCUUCAUGUUGCACGCCUUGCACAGCUACCUGAUUCCUGUAUCACACAAGCUGCUUUUAUGGCUGCCAAGUUUGAGAAAGAAGUAUGUGCACGUGUCCUGGCUAGAUCAGAAGCUCGGCCAUCUAUAUGUAAUGCAACUGUUGUGGACCAGUCUGAGAUUGGUAGGAUGUUGAUCGAGAGUGAUUCAAAUAAAGCAUCCUUACAACUGGGAGGACUACUCACUUCAACAGAUGAAGAAAUGGUUACAUCAGAAAUUCAUCAGAUGCUUGAUACAGACAGGGUCUCAAAGUCAUUAUGUUUGGUACAAUCUACCUUGAAAGAGAGCAACCUUCUUGAUGGUUUAAAUGCUUUGCAAAGAGCACAGGAAUAUACUAGAAAAAUAUUGACAUAAUAGAGUUAUAAUAAAAUGCAACGCUUUUUUGAGACACCUGAAUAUCUUGCAUCAGAAUAGUACCUAGGACUGGAGGUUUGGUACAAAAUAUUCUUCUAACUGCCAACAUAUGUUGUUGGAAGCAACUAAGUUAUUAUGGAGCUUCGAGAAGAAAGUUCUCUUCAGCUUUGCAUAAUGUUACUUUUUUGGUUGGUUAGGCGGCUAUAACAUGAGGAACAUGCCAAACAGGGCAUGAACCUGGCCUGUCAUCAUGGCAACCAUUCUGCCUUAUCAGUAGGCCUUGAGUUACAGCUUAGCGUUGAAUAAUCUUAUAUUCUGUACAAAGUUAACUAGGAUUAUACUGCUGGGAAUUUUUUUCAUUAGAACUGAUUUAGAAUCUUGGCACAACUUGCACAAUUCAGUUGCAUGGUAUAUUUCAUAUGUGAUGUUCAGUUGAGAGAUGGAGCUCUAUACAUUGGUCCAUACGUAUGUUAUUGUAUGUUGUAUAUGCAACAAACUUAUUUAUGACCUUGUAUUCAACAGUAUCAUGUUGAGGUGUCUUUUCACCAAAUGGAUAAGUGGAUCUUUGACCUGUUAACCCCAA